GCGGACCCGCCCAGGAGAGCGCGGGAGGCGGGGCGGUGCCCCCACCGUGGGCCCACGGCGCCCUCUGCCGGCCGCGAGCGGACACAGGCCGGUAGCCUCACCCUCCUUCUCCUCCCUCUGCCCGCCGUCCUCUGGCCACGCUUUCCGUGGCUGGAGUUCCCGGGUCUCUCCCAGCCUCCGUCUCUCCCCUCCCUCCGCGCCACUCCCAGGCCCAGCGUGUCGGUGUCCUCGCGGGAAAACUGCCCCUGAAGUUUUCCUCUUCUCGCUCCCAGGUGCCCCGCCCCGCCGCCAGUAUCGCGAGAGCUGGCGGCGCGGCCACCAUGGCGGCGGCGGCGGCUUGGGAAGCCCGGGUGGCCGGAGCGGCGGCGGCGCUGGCUGUGCCGGCGGAGCGGGCGGCCACGCCGGGCUCUGGCCCGGAGCCGACCCCGGCGCCCGCGAGGGGCUUGCGGACGGCCCACGACGUGGGCGGCCCGCGGCCCCGCACGGGGGACGUGCUGCUGGCGGAGCCGGCGGACUUCGAGUCGCUGCUGCUGUCGCGGCCGGUGCUGGAGGGGCUGCGGGCGGCCGGCUUCGAGAGGCCCUCGCCGGUGCAGCUCAAGGCCAUCCCGCUGGGGCGCUGCGGGCUCGAUUUAAUUGUUCAAGCCAAAUCUGGCACUGGGAAGACCUGUGUGUUCUCCACCAUUGCUCUGGAUUCUCUGGUCCUCGAAAACUUAAGCACCCAGAUUUUGAUCUUGGCUCCUACAAGAGAAAUUGCUGUACAGAUACACUCUGUUAUCACAGCCAUUGGAAUAAAAAUGGAAAGUUUAGAGUGUCAUGUCUUUAUUGGAGGCACCCCAUUAUCACAAGAUAAAACCAGACUUAAGAAAUGUCAUAUUGCUGUUGGAUCUCCUGGCAGAAUUAAACAACUCAUAGAGCUUGACUACUUGAACCCAGGCAGUAUACGUCUUUUUAUUCUUGAUGAAGCAGAUAAGCUUUUAGAAGAAGGCAGCUUCCAGGAGCAAAUAAAUUGGAUUUAUUCUUCCUUGCCUGCCAGUAAGCAGAUGUUGGCAGUAUCAGCUACUUACCCUGAAUUUUUGGCUAAUGCUUUGACAAAGUACAUGAGGGAUCCUACUUUUGUAAGACUGAAUUCCAGUGAUCCAAGUCUCAUAGGUUUGAAGCAGUAUUACAAAGUUGUCAGUUCAUACCCUUUGGCACAUAAGAUUUUUGAGGAAAAAGCUCAGCAUUUACAGGAACUGUUCAGCAGAAUUCCAUUUAAUCAAGCUUUAGUCUUUUCUAAUUUGCACAGCAGGGCACAACAUUUGGCUGAUGUCCUUUCAUCUAAAGGCUUUCCUGCUGAGUGCAUUUCAGGUAACAUGAAUCAGAAUCAACGUCUUGAUGCUAUGGCCAAACUGAAGCAGUUUCAUUGUAGAGUCCUCAUUUCCACAGAUUUGACGUCCCGUGGGAUUGACGCUGAGAAGGUGAAUCUGGUUGUAAAUCUGGAUGUACCAUUGGACUGGGAGACAUAUAUGCAUCGGAUUGGCAGAGCUGGCCGUUUUGGAACAUUGGGACUGACGGUGACCUACUGUUGCCGAGGAGAGGAAGAAAAUAUGAUGAUGAAAAUUGCCCAGAAAUGUAAUAUCAACCUUCUCUCAUUACCAGAUCCCAUUCCUCCUGGUCUGAUGGAAGAAUGUUGGACCUGGGAUGUGGAGGUUAAAGCUGCUGUGCAUUCAUGUGGCUUAGCAGGUGUCCCUACCCAGCCCCUCAAAAAGCAAGUUCAAAAAACAGAGAAACCCUUUCAACCUCAGAAAGCUCAUGGUAACCAUACAGCUUCCUCUAGAAAUAAUUCUGUCUCUGCACUCUCAGUCAAGUCAAAAAAUAAUACCAAGCAAAAGCUUCCUGUGAAAAGCCACUCAGAAUGUGCAGUCCUAGAAAAAGCAUCGUCACCAGAAGAGCUGGGCUGUGCUAUACAAGCCGAAGAACAAGUGAAACAUUCCGUUCAGACCCCUGUUGAAAACUCUACCAGCAGUCAGCACCAGGUCAAAGAAACCUUGCCUGCGCACCUCCCCAAAAUUCCUUGUUUGUCUUCUUUUAAAAUCCAUCAGCCGGGCACUUUUACAUUCGCAGAGUUGGUAGAGGAUUAUGAACAUUAUGUUAAAGAGGGGCUGGAGAAACCUGUGGAAAUCAUCAGGCACUACACGGGCCCUGGAGGCCAGCCUGGGAAUCCUCAAAAUGGUUUUGUGAGAAAUAGAGUCACUGAAGACAGAGUCCAGAUACUGGCAAGUAGUAGCCAGUCUGGAGACUCUGAGAGUGACAGUGAUUCUUAUAGCUCAAGGACUUCUUCUCAGAGCAAAGGAAAUAAGUCAAACAUGGAAGGCUCUUCUGACACUCAGCUGAAAGACUCUAAAUCUUCUCUUGUAAAUGGCCAUAUCUCUUUGGAACAAACUCUGAAUGAAAAUGACACCCCCAACCUAGAGGACUAUCAAGAAUCACCUGAAACCCAGAUGAAGGCAAGGCAUAAAGAUGGGGCCAGCCACAGAGCUAAGCAGAGCCGGAGACGUCCGCCCAGGCGGUCUUCCCAUCGACUGCAGACAGAACGCCAGGAAGAUGGCUGGUAUGAGGGUCACAGGGAAACACUUCCAAGUUUCUCUGAUACCUAUCAGGAUUAUGAGGAGUACUGGAGAGCUUACUACAGGGCGUGGCAAGAAUAUUAUGCCGCUGCUUCUCAGUCAUAUUACUGGAAUGCUCAGAGACAUCCUAGUUGGAUGGUGGCCUAUCACAUGAAUACCAUUUAUCUACAAGAAAUGAUGCGUGGGAACCAGUGACUGUAGGAUAUGCCUGAGGCCAUCAGGAACUGUCCACAAGUGACAUCUUUGGAUAUCUGUUCUUGACCUGCAGUACAGUGGCAUAUAGUGGCAUUUUUGAAGAGCUUGGAAAGACUUGAGACUUUCCACUGGGACACAUCUAUUUUUCAGAUUGUUUUGAUGUAGGCCAGGUAUGUCAUCUUCGUUUUUAAGAAUUUUUAAAGAAAAUCAGAUUCUUGAAAGAGAAUUUGGGGGACAGAGCUGAAGUUCCCAGGGUGCCAUUUUCUAUAAGCUCUUCCCAAAGAAACAUUUAUACCACUGAUAUAUAUACCACUGCUUACUUAACAAAUAAAAACAGUUGAGAUUUGAAAAUGUUAGUUUGCUGUGGAGUUCUUUACAAAAAGCUUGGGUUGUGUUUCUGUAGAGGUGCAUUCUUGCAGAAGUUUGUAGCAUGAUAGAUGAGAAAAUCCUACUUUCUUUUAGGUUUAGGCAGGAAGGAAUAUUUGAACAUUGCUUUAGAUUUUCCCAAAGCUACUUGAUUUGAUGCUGUUGGAGUCAGUAAAAAUAUUUGUUUCUGGUAAAAACAAA